AUGACACAAUCACCUCCACCACUUAAUCAUGACGAUGAUUACCAGUCAAUUAGACAACCUGAACUUUCAUUAACAAGUAGUCAUAAUAUUCUACAAAGCAGUAGUAUUCAAUUAAAUAAACAAGAUGAAUUCUAUAAGGAGAAAUUUAUUCAUAAUAUCAUGUAUGAAUUAAAUCAAGAGAAUAGAGGAGAUGAUGAUAAUACAGAAGAAGCACCGCCUCGUGAUGAUGAUGAAACCUUAGAAGAGGACUUGAAAAUCAAUAAAGAUGAUGAUAUACCAGAAACUAGUAGAUGGGAUGAAAAUCCUACUAGCAAUAACAGCAGCAGUUGUAGUAAUAUAGAACAGCAACAAUUAUCAACAAGCGAUUCAAAACAUUUGAUGCUUAUCCCGAAUUUCUUUCCAAUGACACCUCGAAUAGAAGAAAUAUUCACUAAUAGAUCAAGUGAUUUGUUGGUAAUGGAUAAAAAUUCAACUCAGGACGAUAAUAAACAUGACAACAGUGAAAAAAAUAUUGUAGAUCCCUUGAGAAGUCGAUUGAAUGCACGUUUAUCAGAAGCUGUUCAUACAGUGAACAGAAAAUCAUUCACAAAUAUGCCAAAUACAACAACAACAACCAGUGGUGAUGGUGGUGGACGCGGUGGUAGUAGUAGUAGUAGUACAGAUAUGAUAAUCACUGAUACUAUUACUGCUUUAAUCAAUAGUGGGUAUAAAACAAGAAGUUUAAAAAAAGCAGAACGUGUUUUUAACAUGACAUUGAAAUAA